AUGGGAUGCGCAAUAUCUGGUUUGGCGCCGAAACCAGUUGGGGACCCUGUGGAUGAGGUGUUGACAGUGCAUCUUACAGAUGAACAGAAGGAGAGGAUCAGAGAUUCUUGGAAAAUUAUUCAGGAAGAUAUCUCUAAGGCGGGCAUUAUCAUGUUUGUCAGGCUGUUCGAAAGCCAUCCAGAGUGCAAAGAUGUUUUCUUUGAAUUUCGAAACGUGGAGGACCCUGAAAUGUUGCGCACAAGCAAGGAGCUGCGAGCACACGGCCUCCGGGUAAUGUCUUUUAUAGAGAAAAGUGUGGCCAGGAUCAAUCAGAAUGAACGUCUGGAGCAGUUAGCUUUGGACUUAGGACGGAAGCACUACCGUUAUAAUUCAUCACCAAAGUACUAUGCGUAUGUUGGUGUAGAGUUCAUUCAUGCUGUCAAGCCAAUUCUAAAAGAAAGCUGGACUCCUGAGUUGGAGGAAGCAUGGAAGGCUUUAUUUCUGUACAUAACGAGGAUGAUGAAACAGGGUUAUGUGGAAGAGGAGAGGAAACAACGUAAUGCCAUGGCUGAACCCUCUAAAGAAAAGCCAGAGAGGGGCCUCAAUGCCAUCUAA